UAUGACAACUAAAAAGGAGCACAUAUAUACUUUUUGUUUUGAAAAGUUACAGUUGUUUUAUUUAGUGAAGUUGGAAAAUGGACCGUGGAAAUUACCGACGUGGUGGCGGUGGAGGUAACCGUGGUCGUGGCCGAGGCCGUGGUGGUGGUAACUCCGAACAGGAGCAAGGCCGUGGAGGCGGAAGGGGUGGGUCCCAGAUGGGUUCAUACAAUCAGCAGCCACCAUUUCAGCUUCCGCAACAAUGGGAUAACCAGCCAAGGGCAUCUGGUCCGGGUCAAUAUCAGGGUCGUGGGGCUCCUUAUAAUCAGCAGGGUACGGGUCAGCACCUUACAGCUGGUCAGAAUCCGGGUCGUGGUGGUACUGCUUGGGUCAGUCGUGGUGGCGGUGGUACUGCUUGGCCCCGGCCACCACCGCAGCAGCAGCCACAGCAACAUGGUAGUAGUGGCGGUGGUACUGCUUGGACGCGACCACCACCGAAGCAGCGACAACAAGAUGUUAGUAGCGGCAGUGGUACUGCUUGGAUACGGGCACCGCCACAGCAGCCUCAGCAACAUGGUGGUGGCGGCGGCUGUGGAAACCAGCUGCAACGGGAUGUAGAACCGAGUAGAUCAGGAGCAUCAAAUGUUCGUUCUAGGGGUGCACCUUCAGGCUCUAGUCCUUCUCAGUCUUCUGGUCCAAUCCAUCAAAUGGAUCGACAGCCUGUGAAAAAAAUGGCAGUUGAAAGCCAAAAUCCGGACUACUCUCACUUUGUAUCGCUUCCAUUAGCCAUAUAUCCUGAACUGGUAAACAAACUCAUCAACUUUCAGAACUCAGUUCUUGGAAUUACUGAAGUGUCCAAGUCCCCUACCUCAGAAUCAAAGGCUUCGAACUAUUAGAGUUGGGAAUUGAGAAGUCCAUCUUUAUUAACCCAAAAACAUUCCACUUGACUGUGCUCAUGCUGAAGCUUUGGAAUAAGGACCGUUUUGAAGCAGCUGCUCAGGUUUUGCAGAGUGUCUCACCAAAAGUACUUGAUGCUUUGGAGAGCCGACCUGUGUCUAUAAGACUGAAGGGUUUGGAGUGCAUGAGAGGGUCUCCGGCAAAAGCUUAUGUUGUAUAUGCUCCUGUGGAAGUAAUUGGUGGUUAAGCCCUACUUUUACGUGCUUGUCAGGUCAUCAUUGAUGCGUUCACUGAAGCUGGUCUUGUUCUUGAAAAAGAUGCAAACCGGAAGUUAAAGUUACAUGCCACUAUAAUGAAUGCGCGACACAGCAGAAGCAAAAAUAGAUCAGGAAAUGCUGAUUCCUUUGAUGCACGAGCAAUUUUUGGUCAGUAUGGCUCGGAAGAAUGGGGAGAGUGUCUUUUACGUGAAGCUCAUCUUUCACAAAGGUUUGUGUAUGGUGACAAUGGCUAUUACCAUUGCUGUGAAUCCAUCCCAUUUCCUGAAGGGAUGUAGCCAUGUAGGGUGUGUUUGGUAUGAACAAAAACAUCUUCAAAAAAAUAUUUCCUAUGGGAAAAUGAGCGAGUUUCUCUCGUAUUUUCUAGUGUUUGGUAAGCAAGCAUGUGAAUAUGUCAUGUAUACUAGUUGGUGAAGACAUUAUAUAUGAUUUCUCGUUAAUCUGUACAUAUUUGGACUAAAAUUUUAUUGUAUUGUUAAAUUCGUUGGUAUGUAAUAACGAAAAGACCCAUUUUAUGUAA